UAACGAUUGACGUGUCACGUUUCAGACAAUGCAGCAUCGCUGGUAAGCACCGGCCUUUCGGGGUUGUCCUGGUGACGGGCUCGAGCGGACUGCUGGGUCAUCACGUGGUGCGUGAGCUGCAGAGCCACCCUGGCGUGCAAGAAGUGCGCCUCUUCGACAGCAGACCGUUCGAAAACGGAAUGGGGCACCCGAUGACGAAGACUAUGAAACACGUGGUGGCGAAUGUGUGUGACAAACAAGCCAUGCGGGAAGCCAUGAAGGGCGUCGACGCGGUGAUCCACUGUGCGUCACUAAUUCCUACCACUCUCAUCGAGGACGCAAUGGCGAUGGAAAGAGUCAACGUGCAGGGUACACGGAAUGUGGUCGAUGCCUGCCUCGAAGAGAGUGUGCAGUACCUCGUCUACACGGGGAGCGUGGGCGUGAUUCAGGAUGGAGCCACACGUGCUCACGAGGGCCUGUACGCCGAGACGAAAGCACAGGCUGAAAAGCUCGUCUGUGACGCCAGCGGGAGCUGUCUAAAAGACGGGCUGCGUCGGCUGCAUACCAUCGUCAUCCGCCUGCCACUAAUGUACGGAGAGCUAGAUCAUCGUUUUAUUUCGUCAUUGGUCACGUGGUCUAAGCGAACAUUCAACGUCUAUUUUAGAUUGGGAACGGUGUUUCCGAUGAUCUACGCGGGCAACGCGGCCUCCGUCCACGUUCACGCACUGGAAGCCAUGUGUGAGGACUCGACGCUUUCCGGCCGCUGCAUCGCGGCGGUCGAUGACACGCCCGUCGACAGCGUCGCCUCUCUGUCGCCCCUGGUCGCGGGACACGGCAUACAUGUCUCCAGGCGACCAGUGCCCUAUCCGUUGGCCAUAGCUUUCGCUCUGUGCAUCACAGGCAUUGCCAGAGUGCUGGCGCCGCUCUUCCCAGGCGUUCGCGAUGCCGUGUUGCCGAAGCCGGCGGAUGUCCGAUACAUGUACAGAGGGACCUUCUUCGACCGGUCUGAAGCCAAGGAGGUACUCGCUUGGAGGCCCAAGUAUCCGCCGCAGGAGGCUGUCCAAAUGUCGCGCUCAUUCUAUGAUGCGCUGUAACGAUGGUCAGAACAGAUAAAGUGCGGUUCUAGAGAUUCGGCACUGGUCGCAAUUUCGCGCGCCGUUCAUGUCACCCGCAGAAAGCGGGCCGAAGAAGCGUACGGUGCCGAUGCUCAUCGCUGGAGCAAGCUGCUGACACUGCGAGAGAGCCAAUAGGGCACAAGUUGGUGGACGACGCUAGCGGCCCCUGAAUUCUAAUGGCGGUUCCAUGGAUAUCAAAAGAAAAAAAAAUUAAAUUUUGGGGUUUAAUGUGCCAAAACCACUUUUUGAUUAUGAGGCAUGCCGUAGUGGAGGACUCCGGAAAUUUGGACCACCUGGGGUUCUUUAACGUGCACCUAAAUCUAAGCACACGGGUGUUUUCACGUUUCGCCCUCAUCGAAAUGCGGCCGCUGUGGCUGGGAUUCGAUCCCGCGACCUCGUGCUCAGCAGCCCCACACCAUAGCCACUGAGCAACCACGGCGGGUGAUGUUAAAAGAAUGUAUGCAAGUAAUGGUUAAUGUUGUGUCAUGACUUAUACCUCAAAUUUAGGAAAAAUAGGUGACAGCUGCUAUUAAGGAAGUUAUUACUGGAUAUAAAGUUUCUUAAGUACCAAAUUCUCAAGACAAUUUGUGAAUCGUCAGAAUGGCGGCUGGAGUUCCGCACGGCAGAUGAUGCUGGGUGCUCCGGUUUGAAUUCUUGAAGCGUUCUUUCCUCCUCUUGUCGUGAUGUUUGUCCCGCAGGGAGUAAUCAAGAAAGUAAAAAAGAAAGGCAGCGAGAAUUUAAGAGACCUCUAGAAUCCACGCGAGAGUAAGCUUACAUAGGUGAAGAGGAUAUAUUCAAAGGUAUACUCCUCUCACAGUACUGGCCACGUCCGCCACCUUGAUUGUGGCGCAAUUCCGAGGCUGGCUGUACGUUGUAAGGCUCGGCGAUCAUCGCCCUGCGGCAAUUCAGGAAUAUGGCCUUCAUCGCCCAGCAAAUGAUUAUUUGCGAACUUUACUGUUCUACGACGAAUGAACGAAGCGACGCCAUGGGGUUUCUGCACCUAUGCAUUAUGUCCAGGCAGCAUUCACAGGAGGCGUAUUGCGUUAAAACCGAAACUUAUACAUAGCCUCUCUUUCCGGUGGCAUGCGCUUUGGACUUCUGCUAGGUGUCCUGAAAAAUUGCUCAUUUGCUGUAGAAUGUUUUAGUUAAGAACUGCCUGGAAUAUUACUACAAUGCCCAAGAUUUGUGGCGCCCGGAAGAAAACGGGUCAGAUGCGAAAAAUCGAAGCUCCUGUCGUGCAGCGCUGUUAAUCGAAGCUGACAAUAAAGCUCCAUGCGCGUAGCCUAUAGGGCUGCCAAUGGCUUCCAACUUAGCGGUACAGCCGUGCCUUUUGAGUAAAUGUGCCGUGUUCCGACUAGACUGUGCCGGGACGCCCAAAUGUUCGAAUCACUGGGUGUGUCUGCCGAUAGUCACCAGCUUCUCUCCCCCCUCCGCUCUCGCCCCCCCCCCCCCCCGUCCCGUCCCGUCCCAACUUCU